AUGGAAGAAAUUCAAAAUGAGGAAGACGAAGACGAGAAAGCUUUAAAUGUUUUAAAUAAACAAUUAACUAAUUUAAAGAGUGUCAAUUCUCAAUUCUUCCAACAAUUUGAAGGAAAUAUUAAAUCAAAAACAGAAUGGCAAAAAUGUUUAAAUUAUGUUUUACUUUUGAAAAUAUUUGUAAAAAAUAAAUUGAAAAUGGAGGAAAUUAAAAAUAUAAUUUUUGGAAAAUUGGAAAAGGAAUGCAAAUUAAAUGACAAAAAAGUGGAUAAAGAAAUUGAAAAAUUGUAUCAAUUAGUUAAAGAGAAAAAUGUUGUGACUGUUAAAGAAUUAAAAAAUUUAGAAAAUAAUUUAAACAAAUUAUUUAAAGAAUUCAAAGAAAUUAUUGGCCAAAUUGAAAAUAAAAAUCAGUUAAUGGAGUAUUUUGAAGAAUUGAAAAGUAUUGAGAAAAAAUCUGAAGAAAAGGGACGCCGAGUUGAAAUUAUUGAAAAAAUGGAUAAUUUAGUGAAUGGAGAAAAUAUUGAAGAUUUCGAUGAACGAUUAAAAAAUAAAUAUGAAUUUUUGGUAAAAAAUUGGGAAAAAUUGUUCUUAACUAAAAUACACAAUGAAGAAGAAAAAAAUAUUUUUUAUAAACAAAUAUUGCCUGAAAGUGAGAAAAUUAAAAAGGAAUUUAAAAAUUCUGGUCCCCUUUUUGUUAAAUAUUGUUUAACUAAAAGAAUUGAAAAUUCAUUCAAUAAAGAUGGAACUGUGAAAUUUUCUGAUUUUUUGAGUAAUGGUGUUGGACAGGAAUAUGGAUGGGAAUUGAAUGAAGUUUUGGGGCAGAAACGUAUUGAUAUUGGAUAUUAUGAGAAUAUAGAAAAACAAAUUAAAGAAGAAUUAAAAUAUGUGUGUGAGGAAGAUUUUGAAGAAAAUUUCAAAAAUAACUGUGAAUUAUUUUUGGAACAUGAAUUACAAUAUUGGCAUUCAUUUUGUUCUAUUGAUACAGAACAUUUACGUUUCGAACGUUUUGAGGAAAUGAAAGUUGUUACUAACAAUUAUCGAAACAAAGAAGACGAAGAAAAAAAAGAUUCUUUUGAGAAAGCAACUUUUGAUAAAUCUGGAGAUGUUAGUAAAUCGGAAGAAAUUGAAGAUGCUAUUAAGAAAACAACUUCUGAUGAAGUCAAGGGAGAUGAUGCAAAAUCCGAAGGAGAAAUUCAAGUGUUGUGAUAUUGAGAAAAAAAAAAGAGUAUAAAAAAGAAUGUAUAUAUUACUAGUGGUAGUUGGAAAAAAUUUUUAAAAGGUAAAGUUUGAGAAAUUGUAAGAAAAAAGUCAGCCGUAUACAUACGGAUGCUGAAAUCUU